GGGCGCCUCUGGUCACUCCCUUCUCACUGAGGUGCGCCUGCGUUUCCCGCGUGCUCCGCUUAGCGUGUCUUCACGUACCAAGUCCUCCAGCUUUUUCUAUCUUGUCUGUCGUCACACGGUUUCCACGGUUGGGCUAGUCUGCUCCUCGCUGCUCGUGAUCCUGCUGCGCUGAGAAUACUUCCUUUUUUAAAGACACCAAGCCCCUGCAUUCCCACGGUGUAGGAAAGAUGACGAUGGAGACGCGACCGUCGUUGCUGAGAAGGACCACUUCAUGGACGAAUUCUUCCAUCAGGUCGAAGAGAUCAGAACCAGCAUAGCUAAAAUAGCCCAGUAUGUUGAAGAAGUAAAGAAAAACCAGAGCAUCAUUCUUUCUGCGCCAAACCCAGAAGAAAAAAUAAAAGAAGAACUUGAAGAUCUCAACAAAGAAAUCAAGAAAACCGCGAAUAAGAUUCGAGCCAAGCUGAAGUCUAUCGAGCAGAGCAUUGCUCAGGAGGAGGCUGGCGGCCGAACCUCCGUGGAUCUGCGAAUACGGACGACCCAGCAUUCCGUCCUGUCGCGGAAGUUCGUGGAAGCCAUGAUCGCGUACAACGAAGCACAGACUCUGUUUCGGGAGCGGAGCAAAGGCCGCAUCCAGCGCCAGCUGGAGAUCACUGGGAAGACGACCACAGACGAUGAGCUGGAGCAGAUGCUGGAGAGUGGGAGCCCGUCCAUCUUCAUCUCUGACAUCAUAUCAGAUUCCCAGAUCACCAGACAAGCCCUCAACGAGAUCGAGUCCCGGCACAAGGACAUCAUGCGGCUGGAGACCAGCAUCCGGGAGCUGCACGAGAUGUUCAUGGACUUGGCCGUGUUUGUGGAGACCCAGGGUGAAAUGAUCAACAACAUAGAAAAGAACGUCCUGAACGCUGCGGAGUAUGUGGAACACGCUAAAGAGGAAACUAAGAAAGCUAUAAAGUAUCACAGCAAAGCGAGAAGGAAAAAGUGGAUCAUCGUGGCAGUGGCAGUGGUGCUGGUGGCUGUGCUGGCCCUGAUCAUCGGCCUGUCGGUUGGCAAGUGAGGCAGGGGCACGGCGUGCCCAGCUGUGGCGGAAAAUGGUGUUCACUAUAUUUUGUGUAAUUAUUUUGCUCGAGAUCCUUGGCGUGACCCUAGCAGCGACACUGUCAGAGCAGUCGUAGCUGGGAGUCUCCCUGGGGUGGGUCACACCUCAGGAGAGUCGUGUCCCAGCUCUCGCGUGGCCCCGCUUGGUGACUGGCUUUGUGAUCUGGUCUUGGGAGUGAAGGAGAAACCCACGGGUGUUCAGGGAGAGAAGCGGGAGAAUGGCGGUGGUGAAUUCACGCAGGGAUGCCUGGACUCUAACAGCAGAAAAUUAUGCCACAGGGAACUUAUUUCAAUGGCCUGAAAAUAAGGAAUUACUGAGAAUUUCAAUUUUUUUAUAUGUCAGUGUUAAAGGUAUAUGUGAAGCUUAAUUAGGAAUAUUUUAUGUUACCAAGUGGUUAGCUUCCGGGCCGAAGACGUCUUCCUGCCUUCCUCCUGGCUGACCUGCUCACUGAGAGAUGCUUUGUGCUAUGUUCACUUUGUUUAUUAUUUGCAAAAUAAUUUUUUAUGACAGAACUGUUUUGUAAUAUAUCUAUAAUUUUAACUGUUUAUUGUUUAAUAUAUUAACACAUUCGUUGGCUCUGCCUUUGUGCAUUAAACACGGCCUUUUAAAGGGCCAGGGAGCUUCAGCUGAACGGCCGCCGGUGGGGCUGCCGGUUCUUUGGCAGAGAAAAUGCGGGCAGGUGCCCCAGAAAGCCUUCUAGUGCCUUCUGUCAGUGUCGACUCACAAAGUUUACGGGCGCCCGACCCCUCGAGCAGCCUCCAGUCCUGUGCUGCACCCCCUCCCCGCCUGUUCCGCCACCCAGGACGGUAAGCGAGCGCCUGCCCCGACAGACGACUCGUCGCCCCUUGAGAGCGCCCGUGCUUCUGUCUGCGCCCAUAAAGCCUGAAUGGAAUGAAGAUGGUGAUGCACCCCAGAUGGAGUCCUUCCAAACCCUCGGGCUGUGUCCCCAGACGAGAUCUGACAGGCUGCUGCAGAGACACUGUGAGGGCCCGCUUUCUGCUGAACCCCAAAGUCAGCUCCUAAACCCCGCAGCAGCGUGACGACCGCCUGCAUCGCGCAUUGAAGCCUGUUAGGUGUUGGUGCGGGCGAUUGUCGUUCGCUCCGCGGAGCACGUGGAGUCUCACCAGUGGACAGACAUCUGUCCUGGCAGCACCCAGUCGGAACUGAGCCAUGUCCACAGCUGUGCCGUGUGUCCUGGGCUUGCAGGGGUACGUGGACCCUGCUCCGGGGACAGCCGGGUCCUCGGCCUCGCCUGCUGCGGUUGCGGAUACCCCGCCCGCGGGACAGCUCCCCUGGCCGAGCUGGAGCCUGCCCACGUCUCCCGGGGGCCCAGCACGCAGGCCCUGGCUGCUUGCUCCCAGGGGGCCGCUGGGUCGCACGCACCGCUCAUGCGCGCCAGGCUGAGUGGCGAGUGUUGAAGGCGCAGACGCCCCGAGAUCAUGCUUGUGCUAGAGUAGCUCCUGCGUCCCCCGACACGUGCCGAGAGCCCGGUGCUGUGCCCACCUCUCCCCAGCUCGGUCCUCGCCCUCGCCUCUCAGGAUGAACGCUACUGCCGCCUUCCAGGCACGCUCCCUGGGUUGCAGUGGUCACCGGCCUGCGUUUUAUAGUUGAAGUUACGGAAAUGUUCUUUUGGCUUCUGUUUAGGUAUUUAAGUGCCGGUGACACCUCUGUAUCUCUAAACCUCAUGCACCUAUUUGAAAUUAGAUUUUUAAAAAAUAGUUAUACUUUUUAUCAACUCAUCAGCUGUUUCGUGUUUACAUUACGAAAUUCCCAGAGAACCAAGAAAAUGUACUUUCUGCCUUAUCAUUUCUGGAAAGAUUUUUGCGAGACUAUCUCCCAUUAAUAAACUGAUUAUGAAGAAA